AUGGGAAGACGACCCUGCUGUCCCAAAGAGAUCAACAAAGGUGCUUGGUCCCGAGAAGAAGACGAAACCCUUUCCAAAUAUGUUGUCAUCCAUGGAGAAGGAAAAUGGCAGAAGGUUGCCCAAAAUGCAGGUUUAAAGCGAUGUGGAAAAAGCUGCAGACAAAGGUGGUUGAACUAUCUCAAGCCCGGUAUAAAAAGAGGUGACAUCUCUGUGGAUGAAGAGGAUAUGAUAAUCAGACUUCAUCGUCUUCUUGGUAACAGAUGGGCAUUGAUAGCAAAGAGGCUACCUGGACGAACAGACAAUGAAAUCAAGAACUACUGGAACACUAAUCUGUCAAAGAAGCUACAGAAACACCCUACAUCAUCAUCUGUUUCUUCACUUCAAAACAAACGUAACGAAGAAGAGAAGAGCAAACAAGUGCAUGUAGCACCCGAAGCGCCACGUCCUAGGAGAGUUAAUGCAGUUGAAUACAGUAAAAUUAUGGAGAAUGGUGGGUGUGCUGGCAAUACCAGUCCCUCAAAUAAAGUAGAGGGUAGUAGUGAUGAAGCUUCUUUUAGUGAUUUCCUCAUCGACAUUGAUCAAAACCAGUUGUUGAUUGCUGAUGAUUCCAACUCAAAGGUCCCACAAAUGGAGGAAGACCACAACAACAAACAGGUAGGCUUAACCAACAGUCCUAGCUCAUCAUCACCUUCUGAUCAUUGUCACCAUCUCUUGCCAGAGAAAUUUGACCCUCUGGAGACCCUUUUGGAUGUGGAGCUAAAGAGGAUGGCUUCCUUUCUUGGACUUGAAAAUGAUUGA